AUGUAUCGCUUUUUCAGUUUUGCCGGUGAUGGGCCUUUAAGAGAAGAACCGGUGUGUGGCAUGAAGAAGAAUGAGAAAAAGCGACUUUAUAAACAUGUUGUUAUGUGGCGACAACAAUUACCAUGCUUCACCUCAACAAAAGCAGAGUGGAGUUUCAUGAAUUAUUCAGCGAAAACUCCUUCGAAUAGUUUCCUUUCGGAAAUGUUUCACAAAGUUCACAGAUAUUUGUUGGCUGUUGCUGUUGAUUAUGAAGGAAUAGAAGAAAAAAACAUAACUUUUAGACAUCAAUAA